AGUGAGGAGCUGAGAGUAGCAGGAAGGAGAAUAUGUUAUUGGAGUCAACGAAACAGUCGGCGGAGAGGUUGGGAGAUUUGCUGCUUCUGAAAACAAGAAAUAGACACACGCGAAUGGGAUUGUAUUUAUAUAUUAUACCGCCGCCGGGUCAAAUCUAACAAGCGGCAUACCUACAGAGGCGCACUGUAAAGGGAACUGUAUGUAAAUGUUUCAGUUACAUCAUUAUUGAAACAGGACUCGGGCUGACUGGCUGGGUUAAGCGGCAAUACCCACAGGUUGGCUCGGAGAAAGAGUUGUCUGCAAGAAACAAGGAGGAAGAUUGAAGCAUCACAGUCAACAAAGUAUCCCUGAAGAUCGACAGAUGUGUCACAGAGAGACCUGCUGGAUUCAAUCACAAGAGAACUGAUUUCCUGAGAGUAAGGUAUCUCAGCAGUUGAAUCUGUAAGAAGAUGCUGGAACCAGACAGAGGUGUGGUGGAGGAAUGGCUCUCAGAAUUCAAGGCAUUGCCUGAAUCUCAAGUUUCCAGUUACGCAGCAACGGUUCAUCAGAAGAAAAAACUUGUUCCUGCUCUUUAUAAAGUCAUCCAGGAUUCUGGCAAUGAGCUCCUGGAGCCAAUGUGCCACCAGCUGUUUGAGCUCUACCGGAGUUCUGAAGUAAAGCUCAAGAGGUUUACACUGCAGUUCCUUCCAGAGCUGGUCUGGGUUUACCUCAGAGUCACCGCCAGCAGGGACCGCCAGAGCAACGGCUGCAUUGAGGCGCUUCUGCUGGGCAUUUACAACCUGGAGAUUGUUGACAAGGAUGGAAACAACAAAGUGCUGUCUUUCACAAUACCCUCGUUAUCCAAGCCGUCCAUAUAUCACGAGCCCUCCAGUCUUGGAUCCAUGGCGCUGACGGAAGGGGCCCUGUGCCAGCAUGACCUCAUCAGGGUGGUUUACAGCGACAUGCACCCUCAACGGGAGACCUUCACUGCACAGAACAGGUUCGAUGUUCUCCGUUUCCUGAUGUUGUGCUAUAACUCUGCUGUGGUUUUCAUGCCACCUUCUUCCUACCAGUCUGUCUGCAGAAUGUGCUCCAGGUUAUGUGUGUGUGGUUUUCCACGACAACGGCAGAAGCCAUGGAAGGAGCUGUGUGGCCGGGUGAUUCUGGACCCUGAAUUCAUGGUUCAAAUGUUGACGGCGGUCUACCACGCCAUAUUCAAUGGGGAGUGGGACUUGGGCAGGGAGGCACUGGAGGACAUUGUCUAUAGAGCACAGCUGGAGCUUUACUCUCAGCCCCUUCUGGUGGCUAACGCGAUGAAGAGCUCCUUGCCCGUGAAUGCUCCCGACGGGUCUCGGGGCCGAAAAGUGCUGAAUGUGGAGGUGACGCCUACGGUGGCCCGGGUAUCCCGCUCCGCAAUCACUACAGCCUCUAUCCGCCGCCAUCGGUGGAAGAGAGAGGAUGCAGAAGGCAUGAGCGGAGGAGAGGACUCCAUCAACUUAAACGACCCGGAUGAGGGCUUCUCGUCCGGGGCUUCCAACAGCAGCCAGCCCAGCGGGAGCAAGCCGGUCACCCCUUCCCAGAGAGGCAGUGUGAAGAAGGGGGCAGCGGGGCGGGCGGCCAGAGAGAGGGAGAGGGAGCAACUGAUGACCCCCCCUUCUACUUCUGCCGAGCCUCAGCCAGCCUCGCGCAGGCAGCCGCCACAAUCGCCGCCACAGCCCCCCUCCCCUCCCCGUGUCUCUUUGGAAGCCAUCGAGCUGAGCCCCGUGAAGAAGAAGCACCUCAGCUUGCCGGCCAGCCACAGCCUGGUCAGGACUGCCAGCACCACCUCCAGCAAGUCCUUUGACUUCAUGAAUGGCAGUCGGGGAGAGGGGGCAGGCCCCGAGGCUGUCUCUAACCUGACAACUAGCAAAGCUCACCGCUUCUCCACUGUGAGCCUGCAGGAGGAGCGGCUGGGCAGCAGGGCUGGGGAGGGGAAGGAUCUGCUGUCCCCAGGGGCACACCUGACCAAGCAGUCCCGCUCCCCCAGCUUCAAUAUGCAAAUCAUAUCGCAGGUUUAGUGGGCGCCAGGUGGAGGAGCUUAUUGCCCUCCUUCCAUUUCCCCUUCCUGUACAACUUUCAACGUCCCCAAGCAGCAAACCACAUACAGUGGCUGCUUUUGACCUAACUGCUCAGCAGCAACAUCUACUCAACAAGAGAGACCAGCUCUUAGAUUUUGCUUAACUCUGAACAAACAGUCAUCUGGUGCGGGACUGCCUUUUCAGAGAAGGGGAGGGAAGGGCUGAGAUCAUGGAACUGGUAAUGCUGAUGAUGAAACAGGUGGCAGUCUUUCGUUGUAAGUUAACACCAUCAUGCAGAAGAAUAGCAAAGUAACCAGGUGACCCCCCCACCCACCUUCCUCACCUCAACUGUAAUGGGUUUCCAGAAACCUUGUUCUGCCAAGAAUACACUUGGGAAUGGGAUUUCCUUUCUCCUCCUCGCUUUCCUUUUUUGACCAAAUGGUGCAUUCCGUGUAUGUUUUGUGGACUAAAACAAACAAUCUACUAUUGUUACCCAUCGUGGAGAAUGUAAUUGUCGUGGGUCUGCUGUAAUUUAAUCCUGAGAUUCAUAUAGUAUAUAUUUUGUAUUAAAACAGCAAUAAGAUGACUAUUGUACAUUGAAGAUUGCGUGAUUCACUGUAUUUGCCCUCAUGCGGACUUGCUAAUGCCUUCCUGUUUUUUUUUUUUCUUGGGGUGACGUGCAAUCCAUUUGUUUGUUUUUUAAUUGUUGUUUUUGAUGUUGUCUUUUCCGGCCCCUCUGUCUUGUAAAUCUGCAUCCCCAAAGACGGUGGUGAGAAUGUGGAAAUCAAAAAUGAGGAUCAAGACGAAGAUCAAAUUAGACUAAGAGAAACACUGUUUUUUAGUUUCUCACUAAAAGCUUUUUUUUCUUUUCAUAAUUUAUAUAUAUUACCUGUCAGAUUUGUUAUUAUUCUUAAUAUUCCUAUUAUAAUCCAAACAAAAAAAAAAGAAUCAAAUAAAAGGGUUCAGGAUUCAAUCAGCUGGCCAUUGGAACCAGUUCUAGAAAGCUGCAAGUGUCAAGUGCAAGACAUGCAGAGUGGAACAGCUGUGCAAAGUUAAUGGGAUCUACAACCAACCUGCCUUCUCCAAUAACUGUGUGUGGUACAAACAACCAGGGACCAGCCUGGUACAGUGAGGAGGGAGGGCAAACAUUGACUGUGGAAUGUACAGUAUUCGUUGCUUUCAGGAGUCUCCAAAGCAGUGAGGUGCCUCAGCUUGUCGCUGCUUGUCUCCUUUGGCAAUGUGACCUGUAACAGUUACUGUGUCAGCACAUGUUAAAUGCCUGGUUUAAUCCAGCUGCUAGAGUCAGGUCUCCCAGCACACUUCCUUUUCGUUGUCCGGACAUUGCACCCUGUGACAACAGAGAGGUCCAUUCGUACCAGGGUGGGCUCUUCCCCGGGCCCCUGCGCUGCAUUUCAGCUGAUCUCCAGUGGGGGGAUAAAACAGAAUUGUUCUGGGAUUCUGAUAAACAAGGCGUCAGCACAGCGAUGGAUGGAAGUAGAACCUCCCUUUUAAUCCUCUAGGGGGGGAUUUAUUGACCCUCUUUAAAAUCCCAUAAUAGAAUAAUAAAUGUGACGAUACUGUAGUGCGGGGUUACAGGUUAUUUAGACCCUCCACUGUUUAGACUGUGCGCUGCUAGCUGUCUUAGCUGCUGUGUAUAAAAACAGGUGAAAUUCCUCACUGCUUAAGAGCAGGCUGUACACUUCACAUGAUACAUAGGUAUUGUGUAUAUAUAAUCCCCCUUUGUAACAGAAGGAUAUUAAGGACUGGUGUAAUGAUGUAAACAUCCAAAUUGUGUAUUCUUUGGGUAAUUAGCAGCAAUUAGUCUCAUCGUUCACCCUUCCUUGCUCUGUUCUGUUCUGUUCCCAUAGUGCAAUCCCCACCCCCGAGGUUUUAAAGAAUAAAUUAAGGAUGCACUCUGCUGGAAGCAAACCUACCAAAUCUACCAGCUGAAAAUCCUGCAGAAAAGCAAAUGUAGAUUGUGAUUUUCACAGAGAUGGCCAUGCUCAAGUUUUUUUUCAGCAGCCGUCGAACAAUUGUUUUGUAACUUUUUCAUUCUCUUGACGCCGAAGGGGUUUUAGCAUUGUUUAUUAAAUACUCUGCAAUGGUAAAACUUAUAUGAAUGUAUAGCCCAGAGUCCUGUAUAUUUUAUAUAUGAAACGAGGCCAGUAAAAAUUAAUGCUGAUUGUCUAAAAACUGGUCUAUAUUUUGGCAUCCACAGUCCAGUAAGCUGAUGUUAAUCUCUAGCAGUCUGGCACGCAGUGACUUUCAAUGCAUUGUUAGUGUACUGUUUUUUUUUAUAUUCUGUUCAUGUUGCAAUGGUUAAAAUAAUUUGGUAGUUUAUUUUUCUUUCUCUGUAGAAACCCAUCUAAAUAACUUUCUGAAAAGGUUGAAAAUCAUUUGCAAAGCAGUGCUUCAGUAUGAAAGUAUGUGUUCUACCUGUCACGCCUGGGAGUAGGUCUGCUUAAGGCUGGAAAGGUCGUCCAGACUUUGUUCUCUGCAGUUUUUCCAUUACAAGACAAAUCAACAUCAAGUGAUUGGAUAUGAAGCGUUGGAAAGUAGCAGUAAUUUUCCAGUCUUGUUUUUAAUGGGCUACUAUAUGUUUAUCCUGGUGGUGGGUUGGUUUGCGAAAGCUGUUCUGUAACUUGGCACUAAUGUAUUUGCUGACAUGUAAAACGAAUUGUGUUGCCAGUAGUGUUGUUCACUUUACAGUGUGCAGGAAACAGUAAAGAGUUGUUUCGGUUGUUUUCAUUUA